CGCAUCAUCACUGCUUCCCAUAUUUUCAUCUACAUCACCUUUACUCUUUACUCCAUCAUCGGUCUUAGAAAACCUCCUAAUCCAUUCUCAUAAAUCCUCCCAAUAUGCGUCGUUCAACCAUCAUCGGUAUGCUGGCCGGCCUAUUCACCCUCUCAGCCGCCUUACCUACCACGACGUCAAGCACAAGCGCAAUCGCGACUCCCAUUCCGACUCAGACGCUCACAGCCGAGAUCCUUCUCGGCUCUGCCCUUCGCCCAAUCCCCGUUCCAGGCGGAGCACGCCUCAUCGAACCCAUAACUGGGGGCACAGUCAACGGCGUCAUCAACGGCACUAUCAGCGGUGGCUUCGCGUCGCCCAUUCUCACCUCCAACGGCACGAUCCAUCAAGUCAGUAUCUAUGUCUACGGCCUGACAUCCACCAACCAGUCCUUCUUCGUGCGCGAGACAGGCGUCGGGCCAAAGACGGGCCAAGUCACAAGACUGGAGAUCGAGGCUGGCGGCCACGGACCUGGAGAUGAGGUGGAUUUGUACGACACGUUUAUUCUAGCGAGAGUGGAGCCGAAUAAGGCGGAGACCGCAGUGAGCGUGCAGGGGUAUGCGGUGCCGCAGCCGGUGUAAAUGAGUGACAAUCCUUCUUUGGGAACUUUCGAGGCGUUCGCGAUUGGGGUGCUGGGAUGAGGAAGGUUCUGCUAUCACCGCGGAUGGAAUUUGACUGGCCAUGUUAACAGUGCGUAAAACUCAUAGUUCUUCUGGGGUAUCGGGAAAGGCUCUGUUUUCUUCUUUGUUAUUUUCUAUAUCGCUACAAGAAUGGGAAAUAAAUGCCGUCG